AUGCAGUUUCCAGAACUACUUCAGAGUUACUUAAUCAAAAAGAAGAAAUUGGACGAUUUGUCCCCAAUUUACAUUGAAAUACUGGAUUGGUUGGAUUCAGAAAAAGAAAAUUAUAAAAUAAUUAAUAAAUUAACUCGACUAUGCUAUCAUAUGCUAUCAUAUUUCAGAUUGAAUGAACAAAUUAACCCUCAUUUGGAUUAUGUUUCCGUUGAUAUUCUUUCAAUUAUUUAUGAUAGAAGUUCGAAAUAUAUUAAUUUUCCUCCUAGUUGUUAUUGUAAUAUUGAUAAUCCAUUUGAAAAUAUGAAUGGCUAUGAACUUGAAUACGAGUUCUGGAAAUUACUGUGCGACCUUUCAAUGGAAGUAGCUUUAAAGUGUUCUCCUAAAGAAGGCUAUGUAACUUUCAUUGAAGUGAUUUUAGGUAGUAUUAGUUUACCAAUACUUUCAGAUAAAGCUGAAGUAUCUUCACAAAAAAACAAAGAGAGCAUUUCAAUGAAUGAAAAAAUCAAUCCAGAAUCAUGUACAGAAGUAAAGAGACAUCUACCGAGGUUUUAUAGAUAUUUGGGAUUAUAUUAUUCUCUUAUUUGUAUUUCCAGGAUGAAAAGAAAUAAAGCACAAUUUACUACCACUGUAUGUUCUUUGGCACUCAGAAAAUUUGUUUAUGACAUUGAAUGUAAUUCACUUUACUCAUGUAAUUGUUCCUCGAAAAAAACCGAAAUAUAUAGAUAUUGUACGAUUGCAAAAAUGUAUUUUUUACAAUAUUUAGUUAAUAAAAUUAUCAAACUUCUAUUUGACUGUUUGUCAGAAAGCAAAUGUGAUGCUGAAUACAAAAAUCAAGAGAUUGGAAUUUUUAAUUCAGAAUUAUCUGAAGUAAAUAUAAAUGUUACUCAACAUACAAUUUAUUCAUUUUUAAUGAAAGUUUUAGAAAACUUAAUAAUAAUUGAUUUGCAUGAUGUUGAAAUAUUAAACAAUUCUGGGGUUUGUUCUAAGAAAAAGAAUUUUGAUCAAAAUAUUAAGUUAUUUUCAAGUGUUUUGGUCACUAGUUCACCAAAUUCUAUUUUAAAUGUUAUUUUAUCUGAUUUAUUCAGUUCAGAAAUUCAGAACUUUAAUAAUUGUGAUAAUAAUAACAAUAAUAAUAAUAUAUGGGUAGAAAUUAUUUACAGGCUAUGCUACAGUAUUAGUUAUGUAUCUCCAUAUGCCAUUAUUGAUACUCUCAAUAAUAUUCCAAUUUGCGUUCAUGAUGUUGAGACACAAUCAGGAGAUUUGGAUGUAACGCCAUUAACCCUUUCAUGUUAUUCCUAUGCACUAUUUGUGAUAUUGGAGACUAGAUAUCCAAUCGCAGUGAAUUAUAUAUACCCAAAAAAUAUGACUUCACUCUCAACAAAAUUGAAUAUUAUUUACAGAACUAUUAUAACAUUUCUUAACUAUAGUGACAACAAAAAACUUGGAUAUGAAAUAGACUGUACAAUUUUAGGAAAUCAAGACAUUUUACUUUCAUAUUUUAAUGCUUUUCUACCAAAAAAUAUCUCAAAAAGUAUUGAGUUAAUAGGCAUGUAUUACACUUUAAUAUUUGAUAGGCUACAAGAAAAGGCAUAUUUUCUACUAGAUAAUAACAUUAAUAACUUUAGAAAGUGUAGGGAAAUUGUUCCUGGUUCAUUCAGCACAAUCUACGGUUUAAAUUGGCAUCAAAAUAUUUUGAUUAAGCACAUUAUGUUUUCAUUUAACAGAAAUAGAUCAGAAGCAACGCCAGUAAAUAACUGUUUAAAUAUGAGUUCUAACUUAAGAACGAGUGUAAAUUUAUAUUCAAGCUUAUUUGAGAAAUUUACUAGUUCAUUAAAUGAGUGUUAUCCGUAUUCAGUACUCUUUAGUCUUUAUUUUAAUUCUAUGGAGUUUCAACAAAAAUUGUUUUCCAAAAAUGUAAUACACUCCGCUAAAGUAAUUAUUGGAAUUUUUAAUAUUCUUCGUGAGAUACUAUGGGAAGAAGUAUGUAAUCAAGAUAGUAAUUUUUCGACGCAUAUGAAGGAUUUAAAUAAACUGAUCAUAUUUUCUUCAACAUUUCUGACUAAAUUCAAGAACAUAGAUCUUGAAUCAAGUCAAUCUGAUAAAAUGGUUUUAAUAGUAUUAAAUCUAAUAAAACUUGUAUUGCUUAAAUAUAACAACGGAGCAAAGUAUUUAAGAGACAUUGUUAAAUACUUGGUUGAAGAACCAAAUAUUAUCAAAAAAUAUAUCACUCACAUUAAAUUAAUUAUUUCGGAAAUAAGCAAUCAGAAUACUUGUCAAUUUGAUACCGUAUUAUUUGUUAUUCAAGAUAUUGAGGAAAUAAUAAGAUAG